UAGAUAUACGCUAAAUAACUUUACAACAGGUGGAGGAGUAGCUAGGUGAGAGACAUGGCAACUGACUGAGGAGAACAAGAGGCAGGGGCAGCUCCAUAAUUUAUAUAUAGGAGGGGCUUAAGAGAGGCAGUCUGGAUGGAAGGGAGGUUAUGAAACGCAUCUUAAAGCUGAGUUAUUUUAUUUAUGGGUAUUGGGAGGCUGGGAAAGAUGAAGGGAGAUGCUUCAGGCUCCCUUGGCAUUGCCACCGACAUAAGGAUAAGUAACAAUACUGUGAGUAAACCAGAGGAAUAACCCAGGAAGCUCCUCAGCGGCAGAAAGGAAAGGAACAGAGCUCAAGAUUAAAAAGGAAGGAUCGAGAAGUGGAAACUACUUAUUCCUUUGCAAUUGUCCAGGACAAAUGUGGGAUGACCAUUGUAGCAAUGGAAAGGGAUGACGAAACUACCAAAAAAAAAAAAAAAAAAGGUUCAAAUAACAAGAUGUCUGAGGAGGAUCAACAAGCAAAAAAGGUCACUGAAGAAGUCCCUGACCCAGAGCUUGAGAAUUUAUUGGAUGAUGCUUUGCUAGACUUCAAUAAGCCACAGCCCCUCAAACCAGCUCCUGGCGAAGAUUUGGCUUCAAAAGUAGCAGCUUUGGGAAUAGGAGCGGCUACAUCAGCGGGGCCGGAUGGAGCAGCUGGCAACAUUUGGUCAGAAGAAUUCAUCCAGCAGGCCACAACACAAUUUGAGCAAACUAUGCGUGCAUUAAUGGAACAACAACAAGGAAGUGGAGAAGCGCAGAAACCUGCUGGAGAAGGUGCUAAGGGAGAUUUGGCUGAGGCAGCACCACAGAUUGACUUAUCUGCCAUGGCUGCACAGUUUGCCCUGUUUGCUGAAGCUGCUAACAAAUCUACAUCUGGAGCUCAGCCUGCUGCUGACUUUAUGCAAUGCAUUGAUGAAACUGUCAAGCAACUUAGCCAAAAUAAUGAAAAACUUAAGAAUCCACCAACAGCAGAUGAUCUCAAUAAGAUGUUUGAAAACCUUGGCAUGACAGGUGAAGAAGGUGAAGGGGCUCUAGGUGGUCUCUUUCCUCUGAUGCAAGUCAUGCUAGAAAACAUGCUCUCCAAAGAAGUUUUAUAUUCACCUCUAAAGGAAAUCACUGAUAAGUACCCUGACUGGCUUGCUGAUAAUCGCAGCAGUUUGUCUGAGGAAGAAUAUACAAGAUACAACAAGCAGUAUGAUGUCAUGAAGCAGAUUGUCCAAAUGUAUGAUGAAGAACAAGAGAGUGACUCUGAUGAAGUUAAAGGGCAACGGUUUGAGCAAAUAUUGCAGCGUAUGCAGCAGCUGCAGGAAAUGGGUCAACCUCCAAAAGAGCUUGUUGGUGAGAUGGGCCCCAUGCUGAAUUUCAGUGAAGCUGGAAAUUCAGUGUUGCCUGAUAUGUCUGCACUUUUUGGCGCUGGUGGCUUGUCUGGGGUGGGCACGGAAGGUAGCAGCGGUCCUGGUGAAGCUGGAGCCCAGCAUCCACAACCACCUGAAGGAGAACAGUGUACCCUUAUGUGAUUGGUAAAAUGUUAAUUGCUAGAUAUUUUAAGUUUAUUGCCUUAUUUCUGCUAGAAACAUGUUGAUUAAUGUAGAAAGGUUUAAAAAAUAUUUAAAAUUGGGGCUUUUAUAGAAAAUACAAUAUUGGCAGUUAUUGCCUUUUGUAUGUGUGUGGUUGUGUAUUUUUGUUUUUUGUUUGUGUUUUUUGUAUGUUUUUUUUUUGUGUGUGUGUGUGUGUCUUUGUUUAUAUAUCGAAUUUUUUUUAUAAAAUAUUUGUUUGUAUUAAUUAAGAGUGAAAAUUAUAUACUUUAACAUUUUUUUCAUUGGAUUCAUAUAAAUAAUGAUAUACCAUAUUCAUUAUAUAACUGUUACUGUUAUGCAGCAUUUUAUUAUUACUGUAUUUUCAAAUAUAAUUUUGUGACUUCUUGUUUCUUCUCCUAAAUCUUUGAUGAUAUUCUUAUGUUGAAAUUAUGAAAAAAAUUGCAAUCAUUUGUAGAUGUUUUAAAAUAAAACUGGAGUUGGUAACAUGACUACUGCCUUACUUGUGGAGCAUUAUGACUGCCUUCUUAUGUGUUCUUCAGCAAAAUUAAAGUUUCCCCAAAAGUGAAAUAUAAUGACUAAUUUUAAAUUCUUAGCUUUCCAAAAUCUACAAAUUUUUAAUUUUGUACAAAUGAGUAAUCUUUCCCCUCACUCUCCAUUCUAGCAAUUUCUACUGUACAUAUAACUGCCCCUCAUUAUUGUAUGAAUGUUAAGAUUUUCAUGUAGAGUUCUACUAAUUUUCUUUGGCUUACUACCUUUAGAAUUAACGUUUUGCUGUGUAUAAAACAUUCAUGAUUUUCUUUAGCAAAAAUUGGAUGUUUCCAAAUUCGAAUAGGUGUAAAUAUACCUGACUGAGAAUAGGAAGUGCUUAAUUGGCUUACUGUGACUUUCUGAACAAUAUUCAUCAUCCACUGAUCAGUUUGACUAGCUUGUAAGUUUUGAUUUUCCAAACUUAUUUCUUUUACAUAUUUGUCAGGAAGGAAUUGAAGGGUGCAUAUGAAUUUACUUGUGCCAGUACUCAUUAUUGAAAUACGAGUUCUGUAAUGUGAUAUUAUUAUAAUCAUAACCAAGUGCUAAACCCAUAAGGGUAUCUGUAAUGUGAUGAAUAAAAUGAACAAUCAUGA